AUCAUCAAGGAAGCCUGUUAGUUGUCGGCAGGGUUCUGUUUUGUGAACCACCUUGCCAACACUGUGCUGUUACCUAACGGAAAAGUUACCAUGAAGAGAUCACCCAGCAAAGAAUGCUCUGUCAAUGCAGAGGAUGGCUAUGUGAGGAUGUUCCUGAGGGGUCGGCCAGUCACCAUGCACAUGCCUGACCAGAAGAGGAACAGCUACAGCCUGGACCACAAGGGGGCGCUGCCUGAGCACAAGCUCAAACUGCAGUGGGUGUAUGGGUACAGGGGCAGAGACUGCCGCUCCAACCUCUACCUGCUCCCCACCGGGGAGAUAGUCUACUUCAAUGCCUCCGUGGUGGUGCUCUACAAUGUGGAGGAACAGCAGCAGAGACAUUACCUGGGCCACAACGACGAUGUCAAAUGCUUAGGCAUCCAUCCAGACAUGGUCACCAUAGCCACUGGACAAGUCGCUGGAACCUCCAAAGAUGGCAAGCUGUUGCCUCCUCAUGUGCGUGUGUGGGAUUCGGUCAGUCUCAAUACCCUGCAUAUCAUUGGGAUGGGCGUGUUUGACCGGGCGGUCACCUGUGUGGCCUUCUCCAAGUCGAAUGGUGGUGCUCAUCUCUGUGCCGUCGAUGACGCCAAUGACCACAUCCUGUCUGUGUGGAACUGGCAGAAGGAGAAGCAGCUGGCGGAUGUGAAGUGCUCCAAUGACUCAGUGCUGGCCGCAGCCUUCCACCCCAUGGACGCCAACCUGAUCGUCACCUGUGGGAAGUCCCACUUGAACUUCUGGACCAUGGACGGAAACACUCUCACCAAGCGCCAGGGGUUGUUUGAGAAAAACGAGAAGCCCAAGUACGUGCUGUGUGUGGCCUUUGCUGAGAACGGAGACGCCAUCACAGGAGACUCCAGUGGAAACAUCUACGUCUGGGCCAAAGGUGGGAACCGGAUCAGCCAGGUGGUGGCGAGGGCCCAUGAGGGCGGGAUCUUCUCCCUGUGUGUGCUGAAGGACGGUACACUGGUGUCCGGUGGAGGGAAGGACCGCAGGAUGGUGCUCUGGGACCAUGACUAUAACAAGCAGAGUGAGAUGGAGGUGCCUGAGGCGUUUGGGCCAGUGAGAGCCGUGACUGAGGGGAAGCAGGGGGAGCUGUUAGUGGGGACCACCAAGAACACCAUCCUUACAGGCUCCUUCCCUGAAACACUCAACCCUAUAGUACAGGGUCACACAGAUGAGCUGUGGGGUCUGGACAUCCAUCCUUCCAUGGAGCAGUUUGUGACUUGUGGCCAGGACAAGCAGGUCCACCUAUGGGACACCAACUCCCAUCAGCCUCUCUGGAGCAAGACCAUCGAGGACCCAGGGCGCUCUGCAGGGUUCCAUCCCAGUGGAGCUGUGCUGGCAGUGGGGACCAUGACAGGAAGGUGGUUGGUGCUGGACGCUGACACCCGAGACCUGGUGUUCAUGCACACUGAUGGCAAUGAGAUAAUCUCUAAUAUCAAGUACUCCCCAGACGGCAACUUCCUAGCCGUAGGUUCCCAUGACAACUUUGUUUACAUCUAUGCCGUGAUGGAGAAUGGCAAGAAGUACAGCCGCGUGGGGAAAUGCACUGGUCACUCCAGUUUUGUUACCCACCUGGAUUGGUCCGUCGACAGCAAAUACAUUGUAACCAACUCAGGAGACUACGAGAUCCUAUUCUGGGAAGCUUCAAGCGGCAAACAUGUGACGAGCAUGGACCUAGUUCGUAAUGUGGAGUGGGCAACCUCCACUUGUGUUCUAGGCUUCAGCGUCUUUGGCGUUUGGCCUGACGGUGCUGACGGCACGGACAUCAACGCCGUGUGCAGGUCACAUGACUCCUCCCUGCUGGCCUCUGCUGACGACUUUGGCAAAGUGCACUUGUUCUCCAACCCCUGCUCCCAGCCAAGGGCCCCAAGCCAUACCUAUGGUGGCCACAGCAGCCAUGUGACCAACGUUGCCUUUCUCCACGACAACAGUCACCUGAUCUCCACCGGAGGGAAGGACACCAGCAUCCUCCAGUGGGUGGUCGCCUAGACAACCCUGCUGCAUCAGUCUCCACCGUCGCCUCCUGCCCACCAGAGGGCAGCAAUGCUGUGCCUAUAAAAACACCCACCUUUAACCCUCUCCUCUCUGCACAUAUGUUUGAUGGUACUGUCCUGAGGUGCCACUAGGUGGGGCAAUGACUUCAGAGAAUAAGCAUGUCGAGACUAUUUUAAGGCUAUUUAAACACAGUUGUAGCUGCUAUUUAUGUUGCAAAGGUCUAUAGAGGUAUAUCUGAGUGGCUGUGGUAUUCUAAUAUUAACUGUAAUGUGGUGGUGUGGCACCUAGCACUUAAUACAUAUUUAGGAGUAAGCUUAAGCUGUGCUUUGCCUUCGUUUUGUUAAUAAAGUU